AGAAUUGGUUUGAAAAGGACAGACGGCCCUCUCAGCCCCGUCCCCACACCCCAGUGAUGCUUAGCUGCUGUAUCCUAGAGGCCCACCUUGGCAGUUAGAGGAGAGGUCAUCACCAUGACAGCGUCCUCGCAGGACUCCACACCUUCGUCUAUGGCUGGCCUCUUCCUGCUCCUCCUCCUCCCGGCUGUUUUCACACAGAAGUCAGUCCCGACAACCGCGACCCCGCCGUUGUUUGACCCGCUGACCCAACCAGAGUGCACAAAGAAAGAACAUCCAAAGGUUUCCAUCCAAGCGCUCAGUCCAUGGAUGUCUACUUUCUCCCACCCUGGCGUGAGAGACUACUCCCAGCUCACCCUUGACCUGACUAGGAAUGAGCUUAUUGUGGGUGCCAGAAACUACCUGUUCAGACUGGACCUCAGUAACAUGUCGCUGAUACAGGCAACAGAAUGGGCACCGGACGAGGAAACCAGGAGGUCCUGUCAGAGCAAAGGCAAAACAGAGAUUGAAUGUCAGAACUACAUCAGAGUCCUGCUGGUGAACAAGACUGAGGUCAUGACCUGUGGAACCAAUGCAUUCCUGCCACUAUGUAUUACCCGAGAGGUGGGCAACAUGAGCAGCGUGCUGGAGCGGGUGAACGGCGUGGCACGCUGCCCGUACGAUCCUCGCCACAACUCCACAGCAGUGGUGACGGAGAGCGGAGAGCUGUACGCCGCCACCGUUAUUGACUUCUCUGGCCGUGACCCCGUCAUAUACCGCAGCCUGGGGGGCAUGCCGCCUCUCCGGACCGCCCAGUACAACUCAAAAUGGCUCAACGAGCCCCACUUCAUCUCAGCGUACGACAUCGGUCUCUUCACCUUCUUCUUCCUGAGGGAGAACGCGGUGGAGCACGACUGUGGCAAGACGGUCUAUUCCCGCGUAGCGCGAGUCUGCAAGAACGACAUCGGCGGCCGUUUCCUCCUGGAGGACACCUGGACCACGUUCAUGAAGGCGAGGCUCAACUGCUCCCGCUCCGGGGAGAUCCCCUUCUACUACAACGAGCUGCAGAGCACCUUCUACCUGCCGGAGCAAGACCUCAUCUACGGCAUCUUCACGACCAAUGUCAACAGUAUUGCAGCAUCUGCAGUGUGUGCCUUCAACCUGAGCGCCAUUACCCAGGCCUUCAAUGGGCCCUUCCGCUCCCAGGAAAACCCUCGCUCCACCUGGCUCCCCACGCCCAACCCCAUCCACAACUUCCAGUGUGGUACUAUAGAUGAUGAGGGUCCCAAUGAGGGUUUGACAGAGCGCAGCCUGCAGGACGCCCAGAGACUUUACCUGAUGAACGACGUGGUCCAGCCGGAGUCUGUUGAUCCGCUGGUCAUGCAGGACGACGUUCGCUUCUCCAACCUGGUUGUGGACAUUGUUCAGGGCAUGGACACCCUCUACCAUGUUAUUUAUAUCAGCACAGAAUAUGGCACCAUCCUGAAGGCGCUGGCUACGCCCAACAAGAACCUACAAGGCUGUUACCUGGAGGAGAUGGAGCUCCUCCCAUCAGGGGUACGAGAACCAAUCCUCAGCCUGCAGAUCCUGCACAGCGACAGGUCGCUCUUCGUUGGGCUCAACAACAGAGUCCUGAAAAUCCCACUGGAGAGGUGCUCCACCUACAAAACAGAGACGCUGUGCUUGGAGGCGAGGGACCCCUACUGCGGCUGGGACUUCAGGCAGCGCAGAUGCACCACGCUGGAGGACAGCUCCAACAUGAGCCAGUGGAAGCAGAACAUCACCGUUUGUCCGCUGCGGAACCAGACCACCAAUGGUGGCUUCGGACCCUGGGCGCCAUGGCAACCCUGCAACAACGAUGACGGUGUGGAUGGCGUGAGCUCCUGUUUGUGUCGCUCCAGGUCUUGUGACAGCCCCGCCCCUCGAUGUGGGGGCAAAAACUGCGAGGGCCCCACCAUCGAAGUCGCCAACUGCUCCAGAAACGGAGGCUGGACGCCCUGGUCGUCAUGGGGACAGUGCAGCACAACCUGUGGCACAGGCUUCGAGCUGCGACAGCGCUCUUGUAACAACCCUUCACCCCGGCACGGCGGCCGUGUGUGCGUGGGGCCGAGCAGGGACGAGAGGUUCUGCAAUGAAGGGGUGUCCUGUCCUCAGCCUAUCUUCUGGUCUCCAUGGGGAUCGUGGACCAAGUGCAGCACCGAGUGCGGGGGUGGUGUCCACUCCAGGGUCCGCACUUGUGAGAAUGGCAACAGCUGCCCGGGAUGUGCACUGGAAUACAAGGCCUGUAACCUGGAGGCGUGUCCAGAGGUGAAGAGGAACACACCUUGGACACCUUGGAUGCCCGUCAAUGUAACGCAGGGCGGAGCUCGUCAGGAGCAGAGGAUGCGCUACAUGUGCCGAGCGCACCUGUCUGAUCCCCACGAGCUGCAGAUCGGACGCAGGAAGGUGGAGACGCGCUUCUGUCCCAACGAUGGUACAGCAGCCUGUGAGACAGACACCCUCGUCGAGGAGCUCUUGAAGACACCGGUGGUGAGAGUGGCGGGCGCUGGCUGGUCAUCAUGGGAGACCUGGUCAAGCUGCUCACAGAGCUGUGCCAAAGGUUACCGCACCCGUCGGCGAACCUGUGCUGGGCCGGAGGGGAAGAGUGCUCCUGUUGCGUGCCGUGGCUCGCCUGUGGAGUACCAGGACUGUAAUGUCCAGGCAUGUCCUGUGAAAGGUGCGUGGUCCUGCUGGUCGUCCUGGUCUCAGUGCUCGGUGGGUUGUGGCGGCGGUCACUACCAACGCACGCGCUCUUGCAACAGCCCUGUGCCUUCCAACGGAGGGGACAUCUGCAUAGGACUGCACACAGAAGAGGCCCUGUGCAACACACACACCUGCGAUGGUGGCUGGAUGGCCUGGUCGCUGUGGUCGGCCUGUGAUGAUUCAGGCUUGCAGAUGAGGAGUCGGGUGUGUGGUGCUCAGGGCAACACCCCCUGUGUGGGGAACAGCACUCAGCGCAGAGACUGCAAUGAAAUACCUGUCAUUCUCCCUGCAUCUGGUUUUGAUAAGGACAAACACUGUGGAGCGUUCACCUCCAUCCACCUAAUCGCCACCGGUGUGUCUUGUUUCCUCGGGGCGGGGCUGCUGUCCUUCCUGAUCUACGUCUACUGUCAACGUUUCCACAAGCCCUCGCAGGAGUCUGCCGUCAUUCACCCCACCACCCCGAACCACCUCAACUAUAAGGGCAACACCACGCCAAAGAACGAGAAGUACACGCCCAUGGAGUUCAAGACACUGAACAAAAACAACUUGCUGCCAGAUGAAAGAUCCAACUUCUACCCAACACCGCUGCAGCAGACGAACGUCUACACCACCACCUACUAUCCCACAGCGCUCGGCAAGUUCGACUACCAGCCCAACUCCUCCCCUUCGCCAUGCAGGACCUACAACCACAGCAACAACAGCUGA